GCGCUCCGCCCGCCCGCCUCGCCAUGACGGACCGCUACACCAUCCACAGCCAGCUAGAGCACUUGCAGUCCAAGUACAUCGGCACGGGGCACGCCGACACCACCAAGUGGGAGUGGCUGGUGAACCAGCACCGCGACUCGUACUGCUCCUACAUGGGCCACUUCGACCUGCUCAACUACUUCGCCAUCGCCGAGAACGAGAGCAAGGCGCGCGUCCGCUUCAACCUGAUGGAGAAGAUGCUGCAGCCCUGCGGGCCGCCCGCCGACAAGCCCGACGAGUCCUGAGCUCCGUCCUGCUGUGCCCGCCCUCUGUCCCGUGUGGUUCCCGCCAAGGACUGGCCGGGAGAAGCCUCGCAAAAUGCCUGCUUCCGAACUCUGACUGUGCAGUCGUUCUCCUUUUUUCACGUGGAAUAUAAUAAAGCUUCCUGGGCAUUCCUAA